AAACGCUCUUUGCCACUCAGUCGAGUACUUCGGAAAAUACCCUCGUGUGUCUCUUCAGAAUUUGCAGUGACAACAGUUUCCUGAAAAACUGUGAGGUUAAUGUACUGAGAGUUAGGACAUGAAUUACACUUACGGAAAGCGGUGAUAUGUAAAAUAAGGUAGCCUUCCGCGUUUUUCGGUAAAGUUGAGUCAUGAUUUCUGAUAUUUUUUUUAUUUGAAAUGGACUAGAAGUUGCAUAAACACGACAAUUUCAAUAAUACGUCUACACCGCUGAUAAUGCUAAUGUCAAACACCUGGCAGUUGCAUCCUAAUUACCCGGCAAAUUAUGACGUCCACGCGCACUGAUUGACAGGCUCGUGCCUUAUCAAGCACAGGUGUGCUAAUACGCCAUCUUUCUACUUUUCCCUCCUCUCCGGCUGGUGCUGCCGGCUUAUCAGUACGUUUCUUCGUUUUUUUCCCCUAUAGGCAUGCAGAUAGUCUAAAAUCCAUCAGGGGAAACAAAAUACAGCUGUCCCAUUCAUGUAAGUUUGCUGUGUCGGUGCAGAAAUGCAGUGUGUGCUGCUGCUCCAGUUGUGCCUUUUGGGACUUGGUCUGUCGGGGGGCAGGCCUGGUAGGAAGUUUCUCAUGAUGUUUCCCCCUCAUAAUGACCCAACAGCAAACAUUAGCCAUCAAGUAACCAUCACAGCCACUGGUGUUCAAUGGACCUCAGUCACUGUGGAGGUUCUGGAAAGCAACUUCAUGCAACACAUCGUCCUCGCUGCUAGCAAGUCAAAGACAAUUCACCUGCCAUUGUCUGUGGGACUGACAAGUGAUCACUCCUCCUACCUCCUCAGUGUGACGUCUAUAAGGCCUGUUACGGUUCUUGCCUCAUUCUGUACCCGUAUAGGUUGUGACCACAGCCUCCUCCAUGAUGUGUCCUCCUGGGGGACAACCUACUACCCCAUUACUCCUCACUUCCCUAACCAGACGGCUGUCAGCCAGAUGGUGAUCACAAGCUCAGACCACAAGACAUCGGUGGAUAUCUUCCUCUCAGGGGAAGUGCUCUUUAAAGGCAAUGUGUACCCCAGGGAUAGUGUCCUCAAGUUGCAUAUAGGGGUGCUGCAGAGUGUUUACCUCCAGAGCAACUCCAGCCUCUCUGGCUCAGAGUUAAACUCCCAAAAAGCUGUAGGUGUUGUGGUCAGUUUUACCUGCUCCAAACCCACACCUGGGGAUUGCUUGUAUGGAUUUGCUGAAUUGAAACCAGUCUCUCACUGGAGUUUUGAUUAUGUUAUCCCUCCCUUGGUAAACACAAGAAUGAGUUCCAGUUUCCUGUUGGCAAUGGCUGCUAUCAGCUCUGACAUGGAUGUCACCACCAGCACCGGGCGAAAGAGCGUGUCUCUUGUUGGUGGUGAAAUGAAAGUCAUUCCAGUUUCGACCUCAGAUAAAAUCUACAUUACUAGUGACAGUCCUCUUCAACUUGUUUACUUCAGACUUGAUAAUGCACAGUGUCCUUCAACUCUAACAGUUCUGCCAUCUGUUGAUGAUAUCUGUCAGGCUGUACCUAUGUUUGAUUCAGGUGAUAUGAGUGAGCAUCAAGAUAACAGUACUCACACAGGGAAUUACGAGUUUGGUAUUGAAAUCUCCCAGAAGCCCGAGGAUGCUCAGCUGCCUGAUAAUGCAGAGCCCAGUUCUCCUCACACAGACACAGGUGUGGGACACCUUUUGAGUACCAUGAACAGACAACUAUAUCCAGCAGUAUGUGAGAUAACGACUGAUUCUUGUGAAGAUUGGCACUGUCGUCACAAACGGAAGUGCCUUAUCAAAGAUGGAAAACCACUCUGUUCUUUGAAAACUAAAAUAUGCUCUGCAUGGGGUGACUCUUAUUACCGCACCUUUGGUGGAAGAGAUUUUGUCUUACAGGGAAACUGUAACUACACUUUAGUUCAAACUGCCUGUCCAGGCUUAAAUGCUUCUGUUCCACUACAGGUUAAUAUAGCCAGAGCAUAUUUGAACAGUGUCUCCACCAUCCACAUGGUGCAGAUAACCAUCCAGGGCUUUAAUAUCUCCAUAGUUAAAGGAGACAAAAAUCAUGUUAGGAUUAACGGACUGAAGAGAAACCUGCCCCUCACCCUGGGGAAUGGGUCCCUGAAGUUUUAUCCAAGUGGCUUCAACGUCGUCUUAGAAACUACCUUUGGCCUGGCUCUCCAGUAUGACUGGAAACACCAUCUCCAGGUUGAAGCUGCCCCGGAGCUGUAUGGAGUCCUGUGCGGUUUGUGUGGAAAGGCUAAUCACAGCUCUUUGGAUGGUGUAAUUGCCUCAAAAGACACUGACAAGACUCAAACUGUGGAUUUUACUCUCCCAUGGGUGGUGAACAGUGAUUCUGGCUCCUGUAUUGAGGAUUGCAGUGGUGGUGUCUCAUGUCCAGUGUGCACUCAAAGCCAAACCAAAUCUUUUCCUGGCAUCAAAAGCAGCUCCCGCAUGAUUGGGUGCACUCUUCUGCAGAGGAGCGUUGGACCUUUUGCAGAUUGUCACGCAUAUAUUGACCCUGAGCCUUAUUUUCGUAGCUGUGUUAACAACUUGUGCGUUACAGAAACUGCCUCUUCUGUGUGCAAUGUCUUGACUGCCUAUGCCAACAUCUGCCAGAGGCUUGGGGCCAGAGUGCAAAACUGGAGAACCAUAGCAAAGUGCUCUGUGGCAUGUCCUAUGAACAGCCACUAUGAGAUCUGUGGUUCUGCCUGCCCUGCUACCUGCGGUAACCCAGAGGCCCAUCGUUAUUGCACCCUGCCCUGUGUUGAGUUGUGCCAAUGCAACAGGGGCUAUCUGCUGAGUGGUGGGAAUUGUGUACCACAUAGCAAGUGUGGUUGUUAUCAUCAAGGUUCCUACUAUCUCCCCAUGGAGAACUUCUGGAUUGAUGAACAGUGCCAGGAGAAGUGUGUCUGCCAGCCUAACUCCAAGAUGGUUAUGUGUGCUCCGUCUCAUUGCCAGGAUGGUAAAUUGUGCAAGGUUCUGAAUGGAGUCCUGGGUUGUCACAUGGGUGAUACUGGGUUGUGCAUAGCCAAAGGAGAUCCUCAUUAUACUACCUUUGAUGGGCGUAACUUUGAUGUCUACGGCAACUGUACUUACCUACUCACUUCUCACUGUCCCACCUGGGGCGACCUAGAUGACUUUAGCGUGGAGGUCCAGAACCAGAUAAGGGAUGCUACAAAUGUUUCCUUUCGGCGUGUUAAAAUGGCAGUUUCUGGUUAUUCCAUUGAGAUGUCGCAUGAUUGGACUAACAGAGUUAAGGUAAAUGGUCUGCUACUGCGUCUUCCAUCUGUGUUGAACCAAGGCAAAGUAAAGCUCUACAUGACUGGUCUCUCAAAGUGUAUAGAGACUGACUUUGGCGUCAUUGUGACGCACCGCCCUGAUGUCCUGACCGUUCGAAUGCCAAGGAUUUUCUCUGGUAAUCUAUGUGGCUUGUGUGGGAACUUUAAUGCUAAUCCAGAAGAUGAUUUGAUGACGGACGACAAAUCUGAUAUAUCUCAGGCCAUUAGAUACUGGCAAAUCAGCAGUGAACAUGAAUGUUUGGAUUCGCCUACGAACACCUCGGGUUGCAGUUCGCAAGAUAUGGUUCUUUAUCAGGGAAAAGAUAACUGUGGACGGCUACUGGAUACAGAAGGAGCAUUCCAGAGCUGCCACAAAACAGUUGAUCCACAAGAUUUCUACGAUAACUGUGUUCAUGACCUCUGUUACAAUAACCAGACUACCCUGUGUCUGAUUCUGUCCAGCUAUGUGUCUGUAUGUCAAGAAAUGGGAGCUAUAGUGGAUGAAUGGAGGGCUUCCAACUUUUGUGAUAUCUCCUGCCCACCUAAUAGUAAAUACCACCUAUGCUCCAGUCACACAUCUGACUGUGUAGAAAACCCAAGUCCUCAAGCAAUGAAAUGCAAAGAGGGCUGUGACUGCAACCCUGGUUUUUUCCACAGUGGUGGGGAAUGUGUACCAAACCCUGAGUGUGGCUGCAUUUACAGUGAUGUUUACCAUGAAAUCCAUGAGCACUUCUACCCCGAUGAGCUCUGUCAGCUGCACUGUGUCUGUGUGAGCCACAACAAAGUGCAAUGUAAAAACCACACAUGUCCAAAUGGAACAAAAUGUGCCAUCCAAGAUGGCCACAAGGCAUGUCAUGCAUCAGAGCCUGUUAAAUGUGCAGUCAUGGGUGGCACACACUUCAGGAGGUAUGAUGGACAUAGCUUUGACUUUAAUAUGGGAAGCUGCCGUUAUGUUCUUUCCCAGGUUUGUGAGGAGGAAGAGUCUGACCCAACUGUUAUUAUUCAGCGAGGACAGGUGUACCUCAGGGUCCAUGGAGUGAACAUGUCAUUAGAGAUGGAGCAUUUGGGAAAAGUAAAGGUAAGGAGUUGCACAUUUACAAACAUCUGUUUAGUGUGCCCUGAUUGUAACUUUUUCAUUUUCCAGAUUGAUGGUGUUUUGUGGGGUCUUCCCAUCCAGCUGGAUCACAUGGCAAUACUGUAUUUGGGCUCGCUGACUCGAGUUGUUUUAGCCACUGGAGUUGUUGUCACUUAUGGAGGGCCUAACCUGAUACAAAUAGUGAUGCCUGCCUCCCAUAGAAAAAUGUGUGGCUUGUGUGGAAUCAUGAGUGCUGUUAAUACAGAUGACAAACACCACCCAAAUGGCAGCAUUGCAAGUGAUGUUUCCAUCUUUGCAUCUUCCUGGUCACUUUCGCAACCGGGAAGAAACUGCUCAGAAGAAUGUGAUCUCUGCUCAGCAUGCAACUCUACCAUGGCAGCAGAAUUAGCAUCUGAUAACCUCUGUGGCAUACUGCUUGCUCCUGCAAAAGCAUUUAGUGGAUGCCUCACCGCUGUGGACCCACAGCCUUUCUUUCAGAACUGUGUGAAUGAUUUGUGUAUGUCUAAUGGGAAUCAUGACUUGUUUUGCAGUAGUUUGAGGGCAUACACUUUUGCAUGCCAGGAGGCAGGAGCUAAGGUCAAACCAUGGAGGGGUGAGAAGUGCUCGCUUUCAUGCCCUGAAAACUCUCACUACAAUAUAUGCGUCAGUGCAUGCCCGGAGUCCUGUGGUACUCUAUCUGAUAUCCCCUGCCCGUGGGGCUGUUAUGAGGGAUGUCAAUGUGACUCUGGAUACAUGCAGAGUGGAAAUGGCUGCACCAAAGCUGAGAAAUGUGGUUGCUUCUACCAUGGGCACUACUAUGAGAUUGGUGAGGUAUCUUGGGCUGAGGGAUGCUCUGAGCGGUGUAACUGCUCUGCCACUGCCACCAUGUGCUGUGAACCAGCCUCUUGCCCUGAGGGAGAGAGCUGCACCCUUAACGAUACGUGGGGCUGUGCAAGGAGAGCUGAUAAUUCUAAAACCUGUGAGAAUGGAGAAACCUGUGGUGCCCAACCUCAGCAAACCCAGUGUUGGGUCCUUGGGGGUGCCCACUUCUACACUUUUGAUGGAAAAGUGUUUGAAUUCCAAGGAAACUGUACCUACACUCUGAUCCAUAUGAUUGACAAUAAUACAUUAUGGGUCGGUGUACAGAAAGACAGGACCCCCAACAAGGCUUCCUUUCUCAAAGCUAUUCAUGUCAAAGUGGCUAAAGACAAUAUUACGAUCUACAGAGGUGAAAAGGGCUCUGCUUGGGUAAAUGGCGAGAAAAGGCUACUGCCUGUGACUCUACAGUUUGGACUCAUUAAAAUUUAUCAAAGUGGCAUUUUUGUUGUUAUGGAUAUUAGUCUGGGCCUCCAAAUUAAGUAUGACUGCUCUCAUAUUGUCGCUAUCCUCCUCUUUAAUACAAUAGAAGUCUGUGGUAUGUGUGGGAAUAAUAAUGGCAUCGAAGAAGAUGACCUCAAGACCCCACAGGGUGAGGCUGUUGAUGCUACCACCUUUGGCUGGAGCUGGAGAGUUCCUGAUCAGGAAGCUCAGUGUACAGCAGAUUGUGGCGAUGCAUGCCCACGCUGUUCUGCUGAACAGAUACAGAAUGUAGCCAGUCAGUGGAUCUACCUGCAUGAGUACAUUUGGUCAACACCAAAUCCAUUCUACCUGUGCCGGGAAGCUGUUGACUACACUAAAAUCUCCACAGCAGUGAGCAUAUUUGAUCUGUGCUCUAGUGAUGACGCUCAGAAGGCCCUCUGCCUGAUCUUGGAGGCCUAUGCUGCCGCCUGCCAAAAUGCUGGGAUCCAGGUGGGAGAGUGGAGGAAUCACACCUCCUGCCCCAUGUCAUGCCCACAGAAUAGCCAUUAUAAGUCCUGUGGCACAGCCUGCCCUGCCACCUGUGAAGACCCAUUCAGUUCAAGACCCUGCAUCCUGCUUUGUGUGGAGACCUGCCAGUGUGACCCAGGGUUCGUCCUGGAAGGUGACACUUGCAUCCCCUUGUCCCAGUGUGGCUGCUCUCACAAUGGUUUCAGUUAUCACAGCAACCAGACCUUCUGGGCUGAUGAGGGAUGCACUGAACAGUGUGUUUGUGACCCUCACACCCACCAGACGCUAUGCCAUUCGGUUUCUUGCGGCCCAGAUGAAUACUGCGACCUUCAAGAUGGAGUCAGAGGUUGUGUGUCGUACCCCCAUCAGACAUGCAUGUACACUGGUCAUCACAUAGUCACCUUUGACCAGCAUGACUAUGAUUUCCAUGGCACCUGUCGGUACCAGUUAGUGGGCCUGUGUGGUCAAAAGCAAGGCCUUGAUGCCAUUCAGGUUUAUGUACAGACAGAUGGACACCUCGAGUCAGCACUUCAUGUCCUGGUCAAUGUGAGUGGCGUGCUUGUGAAGUUAAACAGCAAAAACACUGAGAAUAUAGAGGUUGAUGGUGUCAAGAGGAGCAUGCCCUAUCACUUCAGCCUUGCUGCAUUGGCUUUCUCUUUGGGGCUGCACACUUACAUCUACACAGACAUGGGCUUUGAAUUUAGUCUCAGUGUGGAGGGCAUAGUGGGCAUUAGUCUCUCCACUAAAUAUGCUAAUGCUACUUGUGGCCUCUGUGGUAACUUCAACUCUGAUCCUGCUGAUGACCUCACAGCAAAUGGCACACAAGAGCAUCUCAGUCCUGAGCAUUUUGGAAAAGCUUGGAGAAGUGGGCGGAAUCUUUGGUGUGUGGAGGGCUGUCUAGGAGGAAGUUGUCCAAAAUGUUCAUCUGAGCGUCUGUCCCGCCUCUCUGACCCAGAGGCUUGCGGGAAGAUUCUCGAAGUUAAUGGACCAUUCAGACACUGUCAUGGCAAAGUGGACCCCUCCAGCUUUUACAAGCGCUGCAUCAGUGACCUGUGUCUUCAUGGAGGUCUCCAGCCUGCACUGUGUCACUCGCUAGCAGAGUAUACUGCUGUCUGCCUUUCCCACGAGGCUACGGUUUAUGCCUGGAGGAGUCCUGGACUCUGCUACCUGUCAUGUCCCUCCAGUACCAGUUACAAUGUGAGUUCUGCUUCUGUUCACCUCUGCCUCAGCUGGCAGAAUAACACAGUAGAGAUGCCCCUAAACACUGGGGAGAGCUGCCUCUGCAAAGGAGGUUUAGUCCACAGUGGCAACCUCUGUGUCUCUCCAGAAAACUGUGGCUGCUUUCACCAUGGAGAAUACCUCAGGGCAGGACAGGAGGUGUCAACAUGCGAACAAAGCUGUUUAUGCCAUGCUGGGGGACACAUGACUUGUCGUAAUGUCUCCUGUGGCGAGGAUGAGGAAUGUAAGCUUAUUAGGGGUGUUCAAGGCUGCCACCCCAAACCCAAAGUGGCACACUGCUCUGUUGAUGGAUCCCAAUAUACCACAUUUGAUGGACAGGCAUUUGAAUUUCAUGGUUCAUGUAACUACACCUUGGUGCAGACAUGCUCUCUCAAGAAACUGAAUGUGGAGCCUGUUUUGAUAGCUGCACAGGGGAACCAUGGUCAGGGCAGUGAAAUCUACCUGCAAGUCAAUAAAAUGUAUUUUAAGACAUCAGCAGCUUUGCCUGGAAAAAUUCAGGUAAAUGGAGUGUAUGAGAACCUGCCGUUCUCACAGAGCAACGUCACUGUGCAUCAGAAUAAUGGAUGGAUAACCAUCAAGACCCCACAGUCAGUUGAGCUUGUAUCUGACCUACAAAACCACAUUCUGGUCAAGAUACCUGACAUUUAUCACCAGACAACCUGCGGCCUGUGUGGGAACUACAAUGAUGAUCCCUCAGAUGACCUGCAGCUACCCAAUGGCACUUUGAUCUCUGAUCCUGACAGCUUUGGGCCGUCAUGGAAGUUGUCUGAUAUUGAAUCAUCCUGCAACGAUACAAGUGACAGUACCUGUCAACUCUGCCAGUCCCCUGUGCCAGAGUACACCUCUGACCUGUACUGUGGGCUUAUCACCCAUCCCAACGGACCCUUCUCCUCUUGUCAGCAUUUAGUGUGCCCACAGAAAUAUUACUCACGCUGCAUGAAAAACCUUUGUGUUGCAGAGGGACAACUCUGGGCCCUGUGUGACGCGCUGUGGGCCUAUGAAGCAGCAUGUAAGGAGGCAGGAGGGGUGGUUGACCUCUGGACGAACACUACAGGUUGUGCUCAUCAAUGUCCUAAAUUCAGCCACUAUAGCCAGUGUGCUAAUGCUUGCUCCUCACUGUGUCCUGAGAUAAUCCAGGCAGUGCAGUGCCCCAGGGACUGUGAGGAAGGUUGCCAGUGUAAUACUGGACACCUUUAUGAUGGCAAUGCCUGUGUACCAGCAGAGCAGUGUGGUUGCAUACAGGGCGGGAGGAGGUUUAAGGCCUCUGAGAGCAAACUGCUUCAGAACUGUACUAUUAACUGCACCUGUGGGCCUCCUCUUGUCUGUGAGCAAUACUCAUGUCCUCCACUGCACAGUUGUAUGGUUUCUGAUGGAAUUGUGGGUUGCCACAAGGAUGCACAGCAAAACUCAGAUCCAUGUGAGGGAAACUGUGACAAAACAGAAAAAUGCUACCUGAGCAAUGGUGAGCCAGUCUGUGAAAGCAGUCAGGGUUUGUGUUGGGCUUGGGGAGGCCAGCACUACCACACCUUCGAUGGGCACGACUAUGACUUUAAUGGUACCUGUACCUAUCUGCUCGCUGCAAGCAAAGGGUCCGCAUGUGGUCUGACACCCUUUAGUCUGUCAACAAAGAAUGACUGUAUAGAGGAUGCAGCCAAUCUGCUUCCAAUGCAGUCGUUGACUUUACAAGCUUAUGGGUUCAUGAUCAAGCUCAGUGAAAAUGGCAGCAUACAUGUUAAUGGUCAAGUGACUUAUAUUCCUUUUAAUCUGUUGCGGGGUAAGAUUCAGGUCUCUUACAAGGAAGGCAAAUCUCUACUGAAAACUGACUUUGGUAUGCGUGUAGUCUUUGAAUGCAACUCCUCUGUUGUUGUUACACUGGACCCACGCUACAAGGACAAAGUCUAUGGGCUGUGUGGCAAUUUCAACGGAAAUCCACUAGAUGAGUAUCCUGUAACUACGCCUGGUUCUCCUCCCAUUAAGGCAAGUGUGGAGUUUGCUCAGACUUACCGGCUUUUUGAUGGGGACCAUAACUGUUGUACUGGCUGUGAACGGAAAUUGCAUGAUCCAACCUUGCCCUUAGAUCCCGAUUCUGGCAUUAUUUCUAGUUACAAGAGACAUUGUGCAGUGCUCAGUGAUCAGAACGGUCCAUUCACCCACUGUCACAGUCGAGUCAAUCCAGAUUCCUUUUAUGAACGUUGUGUAGUUGACCACAUGCAUAAUGGGUCAAAAGAGUCAAAAGUUGCUCUUCACCAAGCCAUACAUUCAUAUUCCAUAGUUUGUGAAGAAUCUGAUAGCUACCACAGUGAAGUGACAGUUGAUGUGCACUGUCCACCAAACAGCCACUUCAAGACAUGUGGCUCAGCCUGUCCUCCAUCCUGUGAAUCUAAUGCCACCAUCUGUAAUAAGGCCUGUGUUCAGGGCUGUUUCUGUAACCCUGGGUUCUUUAGGAGUCCAACUGGAUGUGUGCGUCUAAAUCAGUGUGGCUGCACAGACUCCAGAAGCAAAUACUACAGCCUGAAUUCCACUUUCUGGGCACCAGACAACUGUGGGCAGCUCUGUAUCUGUGGGCCGGCUCCUGGAGAGGUCCACUGCCGGCCCGCCCAAUGUCCCAGAGGAAUGGUCUGCAUGCAGCUAUAUCACAAGAGGGUGUGUCAACCUGAAAAACCUCGGAACUGUACCAUUGUUACUGGGCUACAUUUUAUGACCUUUGAUGGAUAUCAUUUUGACUUAAGAGACAGUUGUUCCUAUUCAUUGGUUCAAACCAACUCCAACUUAACUGGACUAACACCAUUCAGUGUCACUAUCUCUGAUGCAAGCUGUCACAAAAGGCUUUUUCACAGCCUUAACUUAACACUCAAAAUCUAUGAUUUGGAGGUGGUGGUGAGAAAAGAUGAACCAGGAAAGGUUUUGUUUAAUGAGCUGAAUAAGACCUUGCCAUACUCUUACCAGACAGGCCAUGUAAAGUCCUACCGAACACCUUCAUCUCUCGUCAUUCACACUGAUGUGGGAUUACAGCUGAUCGUCUACAACACUGGCACUAUAAUGGUUAUCCUCCCCAGCAGUUACAGCUCUUCUGUCUCAGGUCUUUGUGGGAAUGCCAACUCUGACCCUGAUGAUGACCAAAUGAUGCCGGAUGGAGACCUGGCCCAAAACAAACUGGAGUUUUCCCACAGCUGGAGGUCUCUGGGAGCAGAGGCCUGUAGGCCCAAGUGUUCCUUCACACUGAAGCAUUGUCCUGUUGAGACACAGAAGCUUUUUGAAGGCAGCGAUUUUUGUGGGGUGUUGUUGAAUGAACUAGGGCCACUUGCAGAGUGUGCCUCAGUGUUAAGUCCCAAGCAUUACUUUCACAGCUGUGUAGCAGAUUCCUGCUCCUAUGGCGGUCACUACUCAGCACUCUGCAAUUCCAUUUCAACUUAUGUAACAGCCUGCCAAGCAGUCCAGCUGCCAGUCCGGCAGUGGAGGACUGACACUUUCUGUGAUAUGUUGUGCCCCAAGAAUAGCCACUAUGAGCUGUGUGGCCCUCGAUGUCCUGUUGUGUGCCCUGGACUGUCCUCUCCAGCAAACUGUAGUGGAGGUUGUGAGGAGGGCUGCCAGUGUGACCCUGGCUACGUCCUGAGUGAUGGCCAGUGUGUGCUGGUUUCUGACUGUGGCUGCAUGCAUGCGGGACAGUAUCACCCCGCUGGCCACUUUACUUCUGAGAAAAGCUGCCAAAAGUGUAACUGUGAAAGAGGACAAGUGACCUGCAUCCCCAUAGAAAGCUGUUCAGUAAAAGAAGGCCUUUCCCUGCAGUAUGGAGUGUGCCAAGUAUUUGCUGGCUUUGGCUACAUCACUUUUGAUGGCGUUAUUUUGCCUCACCACGGAGCUUGUACCUAUGUGAUGUCAGCCCUCUCCUCUAAAGACAUGCAUGACUAUACUCUGCUACUUAGCUUUAAAAAGGAAAGUAAUGGCAUUUUCUCAAUAAGCAGACUGGUAUUUCGUGUGCUUUCACUGGAAGUGUCCAUUGACCUUGAAACUCUAUGGAAAAUCCAAGUAAACGGAGAAGAACGCAGAGUUCCUUUUGACAAUGGAGAACUUAAAGCAUACCAAGUUGGCAACAGGCUGAUUAUCAUCACACUAUCUGGGGUGGGAAUUGACUUGUCCUCUACCCAGUACCUCAGGUUAACUGUACCACAGAUACAUGACGGCACAGCUUCGGGCCUCUGUGGGAACUUCAAUGGGGACAGGUAUGAUGACUUGGAACUGAGAAAUGGUAAUCUUGCCAAAGAGUUUGCAAAUGUCCUGCACAGCUGGGCAGAAGUAGCUCCUGGACAGCAUUGCACUGACACUUGUGGGAAAGAGUGUGAUGACUGCACCCUGUCCACACAUGACCGCAUGGUCUGUGAUGUCCUGUUGAUGAAUAGUAUUGAAUUCAACCAUUGUUGGAACAGUGGUGUGGAGCGCGAUAUUUACGUAAGUAUGUGCAUCCGGGCGCUUUGUACUGGGGCAGGGCACAUGGCUGCAUGUCUAGCACUGGAAGCAUAUUCUGCAGCCUGCCAGGCCAAAGGAAUACCAGUAGGGCCGUGGAGAGAGAACACUUAUUGCGCUUUGCAGUGUCAUGACCGGAGCAGCCCGGGGGAGUGUGUUGACUCUAGCUCAAACUCGUGCCCUGCUCUGCUCCAGCCUGGUUCAGCAACUGGCUGUUCAGAAGGCUGCCAGUGCCACCAUGGGAAUGUGUUUGAUGGGGGCGAGUGUGUACCUUACAGUCAAUGUGGGUGUGUUCUUCAUGAUAAAUAUAUUAAGAAAGAUGAGCAACUGUACUCUGACGACUGCACCCGGAGAUGCUGGUGCCACCCUUUGAGCGGGGUGAUAUGUGAGGAGACAGGCUGCAGUCGAGGGCAGCAGUGUGCUCUGAGGAACGGUUUCUGGGGCUGUCAUGACAGACCUGAAGCUUGUGAGCUCAGGGACAGCCUCCAUGUCUCCACAUUAAGUGGGCAGCAGCUGGACUUGAAACCUCGGUUAUUUUAUAGCUUGAUGUCCCUCUGUGAUGAGGCCAGUGUGCAGUGGUUCAGCGUGAUCUCUUACCAUGGACCUUGUGAUGGCAACUCUUCCAGGCUUGUCACUGAGUUUCAAAUCCUGCUGCAUGGAUCAUUAUUUGCCAUACAGGGUGGCAUAGUGAAGGUAAAUGGACAUAUUGUGUCCCUCCCUCACAUUUUGCCAUCAGGUGUGUCCCUGACAUCUGGUGUGAACCAGGACAAGUCAGAGGUCAUAGUGAUCCUGAGGAAAGAUGCUGGGAUGGAGUCUGAGCUGAAGAUGGAGAUUGGUGUUACCAUGGUGACAGUCAGGAUCCCUCUCUGGUACUCUGGGAAAUUGUGUGGUCUCUGUGGAAACCGUAAUGACCUCCACUCUAACAAUUCAGUCAGGUCAUGGGUUCUCCCGGACUUUCCUGGCUGUGGCUUCACUGGAUAACCGCCUGUUGUAAUGUCCUGAGUAUUGUGUACUGUUGAACGUUUUAAAAAUAAAAUAUUAAAAAAA